ACAUGUGCGUCCAGCACAAACGACCGCCCCACUGUGAAAGGGGCGAGUGCUGGCGAGUGAGAAAAGUGGAUUGGAACGUUUAGGCCAAUGUGGUACCUUGAGCUCGCGUAACUCUUGUACAACACCCACAGCCACGCAACUGACAGUCCGCGUAAGCCGAGGUAAGCAGCUUAACCGCGAUUUAAUCGUGAACGGAUUAAUACUUUAGCCGAUUUAUGCUGUGCGGAUUUUUUCUGCUCCUUAUAACGCGAUUUCCGAUGCACACACAAACCUCCAUAUAUCCCUCCAUUUCCACCCCUUCCAACUCGUAUAACGAUGCGCCUCACGGAAAUACACGCCUAGAGUAUCCCCAUUUGGGGCUGACUUCACAACACCAUCCAUCGUACGCUGAUCGACUGUACGCAACUGCAGGCUUUCGCAAAGAUGUCCAAUCAGCUGCGCAAUACUGCAGCUCGCUUCCCUCCGAUUCAGUUCAAGCGGAGCCCGAACUGGCACCGAAUGAUCUGGCGCUGCCGGUUGACUUAUUCAGCACGAAGACAUCAGCACACUCGUCACGGUCAACGCCGUCAACCGAUGAUGCUCCCUCUUUGCAGACCCACAUGCUAUCCUCCUUGGAAUUGCAAAACAACAGCAGCCUUCAAUCAGGUAGCAGCCUCGUUCAUCGUGGUUCUGUGGAUUCCGAAGACAGCAAGACAGUGUUCCACGGUCCCACUGAUGAUCGCGGUAAGAACGCUAUGAGUCCGCUACACAAUCCCAAGGUAGUCAGCUCAUCGACAACUUCAUCGGACAAGCAGUCAGGAAUGUACUACGAGUUGAAGUGCGCCCCACAGGUGAUGAGCGGUGGCACGAGAAACCCUUGCGCCAGCUUCAAUGGAUUUUGGAUUCCAGACAACUACCACUCGAUUUCGACGCAUGUGGCCUUAACUCAAAUUAACACACACAAAAAGUCCUACGGGCUCGGACAGAGUCAAGUACAUGACACAUUUCGAACAGAUAGUGACGACAAGGAGAAGCUAGUGCUCAAAUCGGAGGAGCCUAAUGUUGUACUAAGGGCCGAUGGGCGGGAGAUGCACGAACUAAAGCUGCAUGUUCCACCGAGCUGUCAUGACUACGCGGCAUCGUUCAAGCCAUUCCAUCUUCCCCAUGAAAGUCCCUGGGGGCAGCGAGGCACGGCGAAUACUGCUGCUGAUCGUAUCAGCACGAGUCCCUGCAUCACGGAUUGUGAAAAUCAUAGCCCCAGUUUGGAUACGAAAUGUGUCCACGCCGCCGGAACAGGAGAGCAGUCUACACAUUACGAACAAACCCAACCCACCUACCGGCUUGCACUGUCGCUGACGGCUAACCUUUUUCCCACCACAGCGUGUGAAAACGAUACUACCACUUGCCAGCAAAUAGAUCCCCAAGCUUGGAAUCCCGGUGGGUAUAUGGACCUCUUUCCCACUCACAAUUCCUACGGUCCUCUGGAACUGAGUACCACAAGUGGAUAUAUGACAUCACCAACGAGCUGUUCGUCCAAAUCCGUGGUUGAUUACUCUAUAUCACAAGGACCGUGUCGCAUACACAGCAGCCAACUGAAUACUGAGUUGGGUAUAAAACCCCAUAAAUUAUCAACCGAACCCCUAUCUGUGGACACACAAAUCCCACAUUAUUAUUCAGUACGAGAUGUGAACCAAAGGAAAAGCCUCUCGAAUCCGGGCGACUACGGUUAUUUAAAUGCCCCCGUGGAUUCCCCUUUUUAUGGCUAUGAUUACCCGUCAAUGGUGUCUCCAGCCUAUAGGACGGAUCACGUGACGAAGUCAUUUACAACCUUGGGGUCCCCAUUGGGUACUGCAGCAGCGCAAUAUCGGCCUCACGAGAUGGAACCUUAUGGAGGAGGUGAGCACAUAUCCUUCCACAACCCACUUUCGAUCACUUCAUCCAUUCGAUCGAUGACCCGGACUUUCAACCCCAGUCCAUUCCCACACUCGGUUCUGGGAAGCGCCAGCGGAAUUCCUGCAUCCCAAACUAUGGAGUAUACAUUUUCCAGUGAAGCUGAUGACCGGAGCUCCUCAAAUGACAGAGUUGCUGCAUUGAUGGCAGCCGCCGCAGCAGUGGCUCGUAAUGCACCACAAUCCAUGCCGUUUGCCGGCGCUUCGACUCGCCGAACCAUGGGUAAUCAGUUCUGUCGCCAAACUGCACCGUACGGAAUCAUCGGACAUCCGAACAAUCUGCUGCUCGCUGCAGCAGCUACCAAUGCACACGACUCAGCUAACAUAAACGGUGGCCAGGUGCGACGGCAACGGCGGGAGAGAACGACAUUCACUCGGCACCAGCUGUCCAUGUUGGAGGAGCUCUUCACCAGGACUCGUUACCCCGACGUGUAUGUUCGCGAAGAGUUGGCGCUGAAACUUCAACUGCCCGAAUCGCGUGUUCAAGUGUGGUUCAAAAAUCGUCGCGCGAAGGGAAGGAAUCAACAACGGCAACGUGAUCUGGUCGUGGUGGACAGUACCUCUUCCAACGAUUGCCACUACACGAGCACAAAGUGACUGGCUUCUCGAAGUACGUGGAUUCAACGGUGAAUGAAGUCCAUCAGAAGCGUCGGUAGCGUGCGCUACUCCUACCUAAGUGUCAAGUCUUUCAUACCGUAAGCCCAUCGAUCUCAGUUACCAAUGCAACUCCCCCUGUUUACUUUCCACGAGAACUUGCAAGACACAUACUUCCGAUCUGAAAUCCGGAACUUGAAUCAUCUAUGUCAUCACCAGCACACUAACUCUGACCUUUCAGUCCCUCAGAAAGAUUGAAUGUAUCCAAUCCAAACGAAACAUACUGAAAUGCACACCUUUCUCGGUCAAUCCCUAUUCAGCUUCCUUUUCUCCCAACCACGAGUAAGUGAAAUGCACAAAACAGCAACUGUGUUUACUGCAAAUAUAUAUUAUUCCCAACCA